AUGUUUUAAAUCAUUAAUGCUCAGUCUGGAACAGUUAAUCCAGUCUAAUAAGGAUAUUAAUAUCAGUAUUAAAUGAUAGAUUGGAAUAAUUCCUUAUAUUUUACAGUUGAAUAAAAAUAUAUACCGGCUUCUUACUAAUAUUCAAGUUAAUAAUCAAGCAGCAUUAACUAUUAUUUAAUAUUUGCUAUUCAGAAUGGAAAGUUGACAGAUUUGGGAGUAUAAAAUGUAUUUUUACAAUAUUUAAAAAUUGAUACAUCUAUGAAGACAUUGACGCAUUAUUUUGAAAUAUUAACACAGAAACAGAAAUACUUUUAGUAAAUUACAGUUAAUAAUUUAAAUUAUGAAGGUUUUUGGUAUAGUUUAGAAAUAAGAAAUGAUGCUCUUUAAAAAAGUUUAAACAUCACUUACUAUCAAAAUUCUAAUAAGAAUAUUAUAUUUCAAAAGAUAUAUUAAAAUGAAUAUUUUGCUAUUACUGAUUAUUUUUCAUAUUUUUUUGGGGAAUCAAAAAUAGUAAAAUAUUUAUAUAAUAUUUAGUCUAAAUAAUUAGGAUAUUUUCAAUUUUAAGGUGUUAUUAAAUACAAAUUAAUAGCAAAUACAACUAGAUUUACUCCAACAAGUUAAAUUGCAUGUAGUUCAACUUCUGGUUAUGCUAUGAAAAGUGUGUCUAAUUUUUCAUCAGAUUUGUAUUAUGAGUAUACAAUUAAGGACUUAAUUCUUAAAUCUUAUGGAGUUACUACUUGGGUAAAGAUAGACCAAAAUAAAGCCAUAAAAAAUAAUUAUAUAAAUGUUCUUCAUAUAUAAUUGAAUCCAAACUUAAAAUAUCAAAAUUAUGUAGGAGGUAAAUUAGCUUAAGUGACAUAUUUAAUAAAUUCUACAAAGCAAAUAGUUUAGAUUGUUUAUUAAACAUUUACUUUUCCCUAUUUACCUUAAUUAACAAAUGGUAUUGAUCCUUUAGAAAAGAGUGUCAACUAUGAAAUUGACAAUUAAUAUUCACUUUAUAAUUGGCAUUAUUUCUCAUAUUCAUUUAGAAACAAUUAGAUUUAUUUUAAUUUAAAUUUUGUGAAGUAGAAUUACCAAUUUACAAAGACAAUCACAAAUAUUAAUUAGUUUUCUGAUUUGAUGCUAGUUCUUCAUUUAGGAGGUACAGCUACAAAUAGAAGUAAUACAAAUGGAUAGUUUAAUCUACCCUACUUUUAUACUUGUCUUAAUUCUUAUACUCCAAGAUGUCAUUAUUCAUGUUCUACAUGUUCAGGAUCUUAAUCAAAUUAAUGUUUAAGCUGCACAACAUCCUCAAAUAGAUAAUUAUCAUACGAUUUCAAAUGCAUCUGUAAACUUGGAUAUUUAGAUGUGAAUUUCAGUUCAUGUUAUAAGAUUUCAUCAUCAUUAGUUUAAGAUAAAUUAGUACCCCUCUCUAAUUCAAAUGGAUAUGACUAAGAGGGUCCAUUAAUUAUAUGUAGUUAUGGUUAUUUUAAAUAUGAUGAUAAAUGUUAUCCAUGGUAAUUAUUUAAUUUAUAAAUUUGUUAGUCCUAAAUUAACAAAGAUUUAUUUUUGUCCAGAAUGUUUAUAAUAUACAAAUUCAUGGGUUUAUAACCCUGUUUGUACUAAAAAUUAUCAAUAAUAUAAUCAAAGUGAAAAUAAUACUUUUACUUAAGAUAUAAUACUGCCAUUAUCUAUAUUAUAUUUGAACAUUGAACCUUAUAUUGUUUAUUUAUUUAAUGAUGAAUAACUUACUCUCUGCACAUUCUGCAAUAGUUUGUGUGUGGCUUAUCCAUAUUCUUCAGAUUGUUAAGAGAGUAAUUAUUAUCAUUUGCAAUAAAAAAUAAUGAUAAUUUGUUCAUAAGGAGCAACUUUAAUAGAUGGAGAAUGCAAAUCAUGUUAAACAAAUUGUAAAAAAUGUAAUUAUAUUAAUUAACAAUUUGUUUGUGUGGAUGAAGAACAAAUACAAACUUUAUCACCAAGAUGUUAGUAGACAUCUCCUAAUGUCUGUAAACAAUGUUAUGAUAACAGUAAUUAUUUUUUAAAUAUGGAAUCUAACGAUUGUUAUCCAUGUUCAAUACCAAAUUGUAAAUAUUGUUUCCAAUAUUUAAAAUCUGAUAUUAAUUAUAAUACUAUCUUUUAACAUUAACCAUUCCCAUAUGAAUAAGAGGAUUUAGCUGUAGCUUGUGCAUUAUGUCAUAUUGGCUAUAGUUUUAGUUUUGUAACAGGUAAAUGUGAAAUAAAUCUUAAUUAAUUGGGAGAUUCAUGUUAGAGUUAUUACAUAAAUUAAUAAGGCAAAUCAACAUGUCUGGUUGAUACAGACUUUUCAUUAAGUAGUUCUGUUCCUGAUUGCAGAUAAUAUUUAUCAUAAUGUAUCACUUGUAUUAAAAUACUUCCAAAUUCAUAUUAUUGUUUAUAAUGUGAAUAUGGAUAUUAUGUGCAUAGUAUUUAUGGUGUUUGUAUGUCUUGUGUUGAAUAUAAUUCUUUAUAUUUAGAAUGUGAAUAAAUUUAAUUGUAUGAAGUACCAUUUAAAUAUGAAUUGACUCCUUUCUUUUUUAGUUUAACUAAAUAACAUCCUGGAUCAUAAACUAUAGACUCAUUGAAAAUAUAAGUAAAAUCUUGCAUAAGCUCUUAUGGUAUAGUCAGCGAUAUUUUAUGUUCAAAAACUGAUUCUAUAAAUUGUGAAUUUUAUGAUAAAGGAUGUAGAACUUGUUCAUCUACUAAUGAAGGAACAAAAAGACUUACUAUUCUUAAUUUAAAAUGUUCUGAUUGUCCUUAUUUUUGUGAGUAUUGUAAGCCUCGUUAAAAUUAGGAAAUAUCUUUAAUUAAUCCUUAUACAAAUACAACUGCUAUACCUAUAGAACUGACUUACAGAUGUAUUCAAAAAUCCAGUAUUCACAAUAAUAUAUUUUUUGAUAAUCGUUUAUAAUUAGCCAGAAUAUGCUCUCCAGAAAUCCCGAAAUGUGAAUUAUAUCACGCUUAGGUAAUUUAUAUUAAUUAUAUUAAGAACUUUACAAAUUUGAGAAACUUUUAAUAAACAAUGAUAUCACUUACCCCAUCUAAUAACCUACUAUAUUAUAAUCUAAGGGGUAGCUCAGGAUUUUUAUUCUUUAUUAAUUCUAGCUCUACAUAUUUAAUUGAAAAUUCCUUUUUUGCUCUAAAUGAUAUACAAAAUCAUUAUAUAUCAUAAAUUGUAAGUGUUAAAUAUACAAAAAUUACUUAUUAUUCUUAAAGUAUUUCUUCUGGUUUAAUUUUUGGUAAGCUAAGAUUUCUAAAUUUCCAGGAAAUUGAAUUUAUUCAAACUAGUAUUCUAUUUAGUAUAACUUAAUCAUCUAAAUUAAUUUUUGAGUCACUUGAAACUAUAAACUUAUUAUUUGAAAACUGUAUUAUUAAAGAUACAAAUACAACUUUUAGUUUUUAUUAUCUAAUUUUUGACUCUACAAUUUUAUAAAGAUCUUAUUAAAUUGCUAUACAAAAUCCAAAUAGAAUUAAUUUCACUAAUACACUUAUUUCAAAUAUUUCUUUAUUUAAUACAACAUUUCUAAAUUUAACAACUGUGAAUAAAUAAAUAAAUCAACUUGAUUUUCUUUAUUUUUAAAAUGUAACAUUUUUAAAUUGUUCGUUUUCUUAAACUAAUAUUAUUAGUCUAUUAGAUGUGAAUCAAUAUAAUUACAUUCAUAUAAUCUAAUUAAGUUUUAUUGAUUGUAAUUUUAGUGAAAGUUACUUCAUAAAUACAUUUGGUUUACAAUUAAGAGGUUAAUUUAAACUUGAAAAUUUAGUCAUGAAGAAUUGUUUAAUGAAAAAUUCAGCUUUAAUAAUUAUUCCAAUUACUAUAUAAACUACUAUUAGUGUAUUAGAUCUUUAAGAUAUUUAAUUUUAUGAUAGUGAUUUUAUUAGAUUAUCUUCUUCAGCUUUUAUUGAAAAUAUAAAAGUGAAAAAUAGUUACUUUUCUAAUUCCAAAAUUAUUCACAAAAUCAAAUCACUCAUUUCAUCUGCUAAAGAGGAAUAUCUUAUACAAAAUCUCGAAAUAUUUGAUUGUUCUUAUUAAGAAUUCAACAUUAUAUCAAUACCUUAAUACAGCAUAGAAGAUAUUAAAGUAACAUUAAGAACUAUUAAAACUUAUAAUCUCCAUUCACUAGAUUAUUAUUUGAAUUUGAAUUAUCCAUUAUUUUAAUUCUAAGUUACUUAGAUAAUUAUUGAAGAUAUACAAUUGAUCCGAUAACCUGGAUCUAUUGAUUUUAUCAUAAAAGAUUGUGAAUAUGUAUUCAUAUAAGAUGUUAAAAUAUUAUCAAGUUUAACAAAAAUUUCAUUUGAUUCUAUUGAAUUAAAACAAUAAACUUUAAAUACAAUAUUUAUCAUUGAAACUUAGUAAUUAAUAUUAAAAAAUAUACUACUUUAAAAUUAAUUAAGUGUUAAUGUAAUCUUUUUUUAUUUUAGUUUAAUAAAAUUACAUGAUUUAUAAGAUGGAUAUUUAAAGAUUUCAAAUUUAAAUCUUGAAAAUAUUUAACUAAUUAAACAAUCAUUUUCAGAAAUAUCAACAAUAUUUUAUAUUACAAGUUUGAUUACUUAAAAUAUAUCUAUAUCAGAUUCAAAAUUUAAUGGAAUAUUUCUUAAUGAAUUUGUUUAAGAUACUAAAAUAUCAUCAGCAGCAAUUGCAGUGAUUAUUUCAGAAUCAAGUAUACUAAACUUAGAAAAUAAUUAUAUAAAUAAUGUUAUUGUUUUGAAUUCAAGUAAUUCAAUAUUCUUGAUUUAAACUUAAUAGACUAUUCUAUAAAAUAUUACUAGUGUUAAUGUAAAUAACUUUUAAUCUUACCAUAAUACAUAUUAAUAGAAAUAAUUAAUCUAAUUUGAUUUGAUAAAUGCUCCUAUCUUAAUAAUUUCAUAGGGAGGAUUAUUUAAUUUCUUAACAUAAAAAUUAAUAAUAUUAUCUUGUCAUUUUGAAAAUAUUGUAGGAUUAUAGGGAGGAGUUCUAAGUAUCACAACAAAGUUUUUUGGAUUGAUUGAUAUUUAACAAACAAUCUUCAAUAACUCAUCUACUAAUGUUCAUAGAAAUCAAGAAGGAAGAGGUGGUAGUAUUUUCAUUAAUUCAGAAAAUUCAUACUUAAAUUUAUCGAUUAAAGAUACUUAAUUUUUAAAUUCAACAAGUGGUUUUGAAGGAGGUGUUAUGUAUAUCAAACCUUCUUAAUAUCAAUGUUAUUUGAAAUUAUAAAAUGUUACUUUUAAAGAUGUUUAUGCUGUUCAUUACUCAGCCAUAUUUUUUUAAAUAAUUGAUGCAAAUAUAGAUUCAAUUUCAUCUAUUGAAUUAUUUAAUAUAGAAAUAGAAAAUUCAUUUUUAUAAUUGCUUACAUUUUUAAAAACCUACUAAAUAGAUCUAAAUAAUUACAAUAUAAAUGAAUAAUCAGCUAUGUUUUCUCUUUAGAAUGUGUAUAAUUUAAUUAUUAUUUUAAGCUUAAUUUACUUGAAUGAUGUCAAAGUUACUGGAUUUUUUGCUUAACCAAUUCUUUACCUUACUUAUAUAAAGUGCAUUUUUUUGGAUAAAAUAAUUGUAUAUAAUAUAACUUCUUUGUUUAGUCUAUUAAUCUAUAUAGAAAAUAUGCCAUGUAAUUACUAAUUUAUUAUGAAUUUUAGUUUAUAAAUCAGCAUUUAUGGUUAAAUCAAUCCAAAUUAAUUCCUUUAAUGAAAUAGAUAUUAAUUAGAUUAAAAAAUAUUCUUAAAUUGAAGAUAUCAACUAGUAUAUCCUCAAUAAAAAUGAUUCCUUUAAUUCCAAAUCACUUUUAGAAAUAGUUCUUAAUAAUAAUCUUACAUCAGCUUCAGUUUUUUCACUCAAUAUGCAUAAUAAUAAUUGUAAAACCUGUUAAUCUGGAUUAGUUUAUAUAAAUAAUAAAUAGAUAAUAAAAAAGGUUAGAUUGAUUAAUUUAUACUUUUUUAAAAAUACAUGUGGUUUAGGAUCUUGUUUAUAGUUAAAUUCUAUAAUUAAUUAAAUUCUUCACUUUUUAUCUCAAUCAAUAUUUUGUUAUAAUUCUGCUUAAAUAGGAGGUGCACUUUAUUUAUCAAAUUUUAGAUUGAAAAUUCACGAAACAGUUUUUUUAAAUAAUAUAGCUGUUGAUUAAGGAGGAGCCAUCUACUAUUAAACUUAAAAUUCAACACAAUAAUUAUAAUUUAAGGAUGUAAGCUUUGUAAAAAAUUAAGCACAAAUAGGAGGAGCUAUUUAUGAUAAAAAUAAUUAUGAUUUAGAUUAAAUAUCAUUUUAAUUAGUUAAUAACAAAGCACUAUAUUUUGCCAAUAAUUUAGCCACAGAACCUACUGAACUAUAAUUCUAAAUAAAUAAUUAAUCUACAAUAAAAUAUAAUUUAAUGGUUGAGAACAAGACUAUAUAGAUUAUAAGUUAUUUAAAUAAUUCUAAACCAAGCAAAUUUAUUUAUAUGCCUAGUGGAAUUUCAUUAAACAACUAUUAAAAAUUCAAUAUGGAAACUAGUGCUUAUACAAUUUUAGAAUAUAAUUAUACAAUUCAAGCUGUAAAUUGUUUGAAUGAAUAAAUUUUUGAUCUAAAACAAACUUAAUGCUAAUUAAAUAUAAGUCAAAUACAAAAAACUUAAUCAAAUGAAAUAAGCAAAAAUUCUGGGAUUAUAGAUAUACUAUUUAAUGAAGAAGAAUAAAAUUAUGAUCUAAAAGAUUAGAUAUUUACUUUAGAUCCUUAUUAAAAUGAUAGUUUUUACUUAUAAAUUGAUGCAUAAUGCAAUAGUAUCCUAACAAAAGAAUAUUAUUUAAGAUUCUUUGUUAAAACUUAUCAUUGUUAAAUUGGAGAGUAUUUUGAAAAUUAAAAAUGUUUAAAAUGUGAUAGUCUAUAGGGGUAUUAUUCAGUCGAAGUUAAAAGUACAUAAUGUACUAGGAUGGAUAUUUAAAUGAUUAAAAGCACUAAUGGAGCUAUGAUAGAACUAUAACCUGGCUAUUGGAGACACUCCUUUAGAUCAAAUAAAAUUGAGUAAUGCAAAAAAUAUCCAAACAGAUGUCUUGGGGGUUGGGAUGUAUCAGAUAAUACAUGCUUUAUUGGAUCCUUAGGAGCUUUAUGUGAAGAAUGCGAUUUAUUUAAUCUAAGAGGACAAGGAUCUUAUCUAAACAAUAAGGAAAGCAUCUGUCAAUCAUGUGGUAAAUUUAGUGUUUAAUUGUUUUUCAUGAUUUUAGAGUCAAUAUGGAUUAUUCUAUUAAUUAUUCUGACUGUCAGAAGUAAUAGCUUUUCUAAUAAAUAAUUAUUUAAGCUUAAAUGCUUAUAUCGUCACUAUCAAACUAUUUAUAAACAAAUGAUGGAUUAAACUAGUACUCUUAUUAAAAUGGCUAAUAAUAAUUUUUAAAUAUUGUCAUUAAUAAGUACAUUAUAAAUUAGCAUUUUCUCAAGUUUAUCAAAUGUUGUAAUAUUUUUAGGAGAUUCUACUUAUAUAGUAACAUAUUAAUUAGAUUGUUCUAUUCCCUCAAUUGCAACAAUUCAAUACGAAUAUGCUCAUUUUAUAAUAAUUUUAUUAUUACCAUUAUUUCAUUUUGGCAGUUGUUGUUUCGUAUUUCUAAUCUUUCUUAUUAAAAAAUAUGUGACAUUUUCAAAAUCGUAUAUAUACUCUUCUAUUAUUUAUUUAUAUUGUUUAAAUUUAUAGAACAUUAUGAAAUGGUAAUAUUUAUUUAUUAUAUUGAUAUUAGGGGUGUAUCCUUAAUUACAAAACGAUCAUUAUCUGGAAUUGAUUGGAUUUAAGCUAAUGUUGCCAGUAGAUAUGAUACAGAAACACAUAGUUUAUGGUCUAUAAGAUUUAUUUAUCCAAUUUUGAUUUUCUUAGGUAUAUUUAUUCCUGCAUUCCUUUUUUAUUAAAUGAGAAAAAUAAGAAAAAUCUUAGAUGAUAAGAAUUCAAUAUAAAAGUUUUCAUUUUUAUAUAAUGAAUAUACAAAUGAAUCAUAUUAUUGGGAAAUUAUAAAAAUGUUAUAAAAGAUAUCAAUAAUUUUAAUAGUAAAUUAUUUUGAAUAAUCAAUACUAAUAAAAGGAAUAUUUAUGUUUCUUAUUGUUUUAAUUUACUAUAAACUUUGCUUAGAAAUUUAACCCUAUAAAUUAUAAUCUAUAAGUUAAAUUGAUGGUAAGAUUUCAUUUUUAUUAUCAAUCACUCUUAUUUGCAGUGUUUUAUUAUAUGUGAUAUAAUAGGAAGAACUAUAUUAUCUAAAUUAUGCAACAUAAGUAAUAAUUUUAUUUCUCAUAUACAAAUAAACAGAAUUUCUAUUGAGAAGGAUUUUUAUUGUUUAUGUUUAAAGAUUAAAUUUAUAAUUAGAUGUAUUAAGAUAGUAAAUACUAAUCAGAUUUCCAAAAAUAUAUAUUUAAUAUGUGUGUUUGAGACCUUACUUAAUGUUAAGAAAGGAAUAGGAAGAGAGAAUUUAAUAGAGAUUCAAAAAGAUACGAUAAUAUUUAAGAACUAAAUCUAGAUUAGUGAAGGAGAAAAAUAUAUAUUUGAGCAAUACUUUUAGAGAAUCAAGUUUAAUUGGAUCUUAUCUACCAACUUCUAGUCGUCCUCUUUAUACUGGAGAGAAUGGCCAAAUAUUAAAAUCAAGUGUAUGA